AUGUCUGCAGUUUAUGACAAUUGGGAUAGGCUGAUUAGGGCCGUUUUUCGCAGAGAAGAACUCCUGGAGAUUGCUUUAAGGACCCCAAGUAAUCUGUCUUCAGCAGCAUCAUCAUCAUCAACAUCAGCAUCAACACCUUUUCAUUUGGGUUUAUGCCAUGGCCAAGUUUCAUCCCUCAGUUCUUGGAGAUUAUUGGUUGGAGAAUCAUUCAGCUACUUUCAAAUUCUUCAAGCUACCAACAGUUUCAGUGACUGGAACCUCAUAAAGCGAGGCCACUCAGGGGAUCUUUAUCUUGGAGUUUUACAUAAUGGGAUUAAAGUAGUGGUUAAAAGAAUCGAUCUUUCUUCCUUGGAGAAAGAAUUGUGUCUGAUGUCAGAAAUGGAAAUUCUUGCUAAUGAAAUGCCUACUUCUCUUGAGUCUCUAAAAGAGAUGUUCAAGCUAGCAGCAUCCUGCUUGAUGAUGAUCUUCAGGUGUUUUUGGCGAGCCUUAGUGGGGCUGGUAUUGAAGAAGGAAACAAUAACCCAAAAAGGAGUUUCAGAUUUCUGCAUUUGUCAAUGCGUUCUCGGAGUUCUCAACAAAGGAAUUCUGGUUCUGCUUGAGCUCAUCACUGGUAGGCUGGUGGGCACAAGCGCUGCUGACGACUCUACCAUGAAGGAUUCGAUAGUGAACACCCUGCGGUACAUUGUAUCAGAUGAUAAGGCACUCAUUGCUAACAUUGUUGAUCCAUAUUUAGUGAUACAUGAUGAUAUUUUGGAGGAAGUGUUGGCAGUUGCUUACAUUGCCAAGGCAUGUCUCAAUUCCAAGCCUUCUAAGCGGCCUAAGAUGACAAAAGUUCUCAAGAUUUUGGAAGAUCAGAAGGUUAAGGCUGAAGCCAGGGGAAUGCGACCUAGAAUUGAGGAAGGAAGACUAGAAACAAAGCUUGUAUUUUCCAGUGGAGAAAGCCAGUUUAGGUUCAUUGAACUACUGAGAUCACCUGCUGAACUUUUAGGGAGAGGCAAUUUUGGUAGUUGCUACAAGGUUAUACUUAAAAAUGGGCCAACUGUAGUUGUAAGGCGACUCAAGCCUUUAAAACCAUUAAGCAUCGAUGAAUCCAGGGAACAAGUUGGAAUCAUUGCUGAUCAAGAACACCCAAAUUUGAUGCCCCUGAUAGCUCAUUUCUGUUUCAAAAAUGAGAAGUUGCUAAUUUACAAGUUUGCAUCAAAAGGAAAUGCCUAUAACCGACUCCACGCGCGAAAGGGAAACCCGUCGCGAAUUCCAUUUAGUUGGAGCUCAAGAUUAUCAGUGGCCCGUGGCGUGGCUCGAGCAUUGCAACAUCUGCACAUCAACACCAUGUCAUCAAAUGUAGCACCACAUGGGAAUUUGAAACUAUCCAAUGUUCUCCUUGAUGAAAAUGGCGACGUUCUUGUCACGGAUUAUGGUCUAACGACCCUAGUAGCAGCGCCAACGGUAGCAAAACAUAUGGUUGCUUACAAAUCACCAGAAUACCGAAGCUCCAGGACAGAGUCGAAAAAAUCUGAUGUUUGGAGCUACGGUUACCUGCUCCUGGAGCUUGUAACAGGGCGAGCCUCUACCAUUUCUGCCGAGGCAGGGCCUGAUGCGGUGGAUCUCUUCCGUUGGGUUCGUCAGUCUUUUAGAAACGGAUGGAAUGAUGAGAUUUUCGAUGAGGAAAUAAGAGUUCACGGACGUGCUACUUAUGAGAUGGUGAAAUUGUUAGAGAUCGGGAUGAAAUGCUGUGCAAAUUCCCCUGAAAAUCGGCCUGGUAUGGAUGAAGUGGUCAGAGAAGUUGAGAGCAUAAAGGAAGUGAACACAACCUGGAUCCGAACUAGUAAAGAUUAUUUCAACCCAAGGACAUGA